CCUGCGGGGGGCGCUGUGUAUGAGCUCUUACGGAAAAGGAAGUGACGCAGGGAGCCGCUGCUGUUAGCCGAAAGCUAACUGAGCUAGUUGAGGUCCUUGUCUGUGGAGGAAGAACCAGUUUCUCACUGUGAAGCGGAAAAGACGCAGAAGAUGCCGGAGACUGAAAGUUACUCCAACCCUCUCGCUCCUGAUGGCCACGAGGUGGACGAGCACCGAGCAGCAGCUCAGUCCAAGCUGACUAAUGAUGACUUCAGGAAAUUGCUGAUGACACCGCGGGCGGCGCCUUCCUCAGCCCCGCCCUCCAAGUCCCGACAGCAUGAGAUGCCGAGGGACUACAAUGAGGAUGAGGAUCCUGCUGCGAGGAGGAGGAAGAAGAAGAGCUACUAUGCUAAGCUACGUCAGCAGGAGAUGGAGCGAGAGCGAGAGCUGGCCGAGAAGUACAGAGAUCGAGCAAGAGAGAGACGAGAUGGAGUCAACAAAGAUUAUGAAGAGACGGAGCUGAUCAGCACCACCGCUAACUACAGAGCUGUAGGACCCACUGCGGAGGCAGAUAAGUCGGCUGCAGAGAAACGUCGGCAGUUGAUCCAGGAGUCAAAGUUCUUGGGAGGUGACAUGGAACAUACUCACUUGGUGAAAGGUCUGGACUUCGCUCUGCUGCAGAAGGUGAGAGCGGAGAUCACCAGUAAAGAGAGAGAAGAAGAAGACAUGAUGGAGAAAGUCCAGAAAGAGGCAAAGAAAGACGUAGAGCCAGAGGAGAAGAUUGAGUUCAAAACUCGUCUGGGUAGGAACAUCUACCGCGUGGUGUUUCGGACCGGCCUGGUGGAGAGGAACGAGCUCUUCCUGCCGGGCAGGAUGGCGUACGUGGUGGACCUGGACGAUGAGUUCACUGACACGGACAUCCCGACAACUCUGAUCCGCAGCAAAGCCGACUGCCCCAGCAUGGAGGCUCAGACGACUCUCACCACCAACGAUAUCGUGAUUUCUAAACUGACUCAGAUCCUGUCGUACCUGAGACAAGGGACACGACACAAGAAGAUCAAGAAGAAGGACAAAGGGAAACUGGAUGAUAAACGAGCUCCUGAAGCUGAUAUCGGUAUCUUUGAGGACAUCGGAGACUACGUCCCGUCCGGCACUGCCAUGUUCAAGCCCCCCAGAGACAAAGAACCCCCCAGAGACAAAGAACCCCCCAGAGACAAAGAGCGCCACAGAGACAGAGAGGACAACCGAGAUAGAGAGGACCACAGAGACAGGGAGGACGAUAGCAAGAGCAGGAGACAAAGCUACUUUGAGAAACCCAGAGGAGACGAACAGCAGGUCGUGGACAUGGACGUGGAGACAGGUCCAGGAUCAGUCAGAGACCAGAUCAAGGUCAUCAACGAGAAGUUUGCAGGAGCAGCCGGCAGCCAGUGGCCGGGCCAGGAGCCUGGUUCCCUGAGAAGAGACGGUAAAGAGCAACUGGGAGAUUUCUUUGGAGGAUCCAACUCGUACGCAGAGUGUUACCCGGCCACGAUGGACGACCUGGCUGUGGACAGUGAUGAGGAGGUGGACUACAGCAAGAUGGACCAGGGCAAUAAGAAGGGUCCUCUCGGCCGCUGGGACUUCGACACUCAGGAGGAGUACUCUGAUUACAUGAACAACAAGGAGGCGCUGCCAAAGGCCGCCUUCCAGUACGGCAUCAAGAUGUCCGAGGGCCGCAAGACUCGUCGCUUCAAAGAGACCAAUGAGAAGGCAGAGCUGGACCGGCAGUGGAAGAAGAUCAGCGCGAUCAUAGAGAAGAGGAAGAAGAUGGAGGCCGACGGGGUCAACGUGAAGAGACCGAAAUACUGAAUCUGAAUCUCUCUUCGAUUUCUUCUUCCUCCGUGUUCCUGAUUAUUGAUGAGAUGAAACAGCAUCAUGUGACCAGUGGGAGGUCAAAGGUCACAGAUGAUCCGUGUUUUGUUUUAAAAGUUGUUACUUUAAUGUAAAAUCAAUAGUUAUUAAUUAGUUCAGGGAAAAUCAUCAAUAAAAUGUUACCCUCA